GUGAUUGCCUUUAGUGACGAGGAGGGAGUGAGAUUUCAAUCUACUUUCUUAGGAAGUGCUGCUAUUGCCGGUUUUUUACCAGUUUCAGCAUUGCAAAUACGGGAUAAAAGUGGUGUGACAGUGCAAAAUGUUCUAAAAGAGAACUCUAUAGAAAUUUCCGAGGAAAGCUUCUUUGAGCUAAAGUAUGAUCCGGAGUCUAUUUGGGGUUAUAUUGAGCUUCAUAUUGAACAAGGACCUGUGCUAGAGUCAGUUGGCCUUCCUCUUGGUGUGGUGAAAGGCAUUGCUGGGCAGACGAGGUUAAAGGUAACUGUGAGAGGCUCACAAGGACAUGCCGGAACAGUCCCUAUGUCUAUGCGGCAAGAUCCUAUGGCUGCCGCCGCCGAAUUAAUAGUACUUUUGGAGAGCAUUUGUAAACGUCCUGAGGAUUUUCUAUCUUACGAUGAUCAAUGCAAAGGGUUUUCGGUGGAAUCGCUUGUCUGUACUGUUGGAGAGAUAUCAUGUUGGCCAAGUGCAAGUAAUGUCAUUCCUGGUGAGGUAACCUUCACUGUAGACAUGCGAACAAUUGAUGACAUGGGACGGGAAGCUGUUAUAUUCGAAUUAUCCAACCAGAUGCAUCAAAUAUGUGAUCACCGUUCUGUUUCCUGUAAUAUUGAACGUAAGCACGAUGCCAAUGCAGCGGCUUGUGAUACUGGAUUGAGUUCGCAGCUGAAAUCUGCAGCAUACUCUGGAAUGAAGAGAAUGGCUGGCGAGGAUGUCGAUGAUGUGCCUGUACUGAUGAGUGGAGCAGGACACGAUGCAAUGGCCAUGGCUCAUUUAACUAAGGUUGGCAUGCUGUUUGUUCGCUGCCGUGGAGGCAUCAGUCAUUCCCCUGCAGAAUAUGUAUCGGAUGAUGAUGUUUGGGCUGCUGGUUUGGCAAUACUUGCAUUUCUGGAAACCCAAAUGUAAACAGUUAGACCAUAGUUGCACGGAACGGGGGUGGGAGCAGGAUCAGGGACGGGGCAGCAAGGGCCUUAUAGAAGAGUUUAAAGUUAGAAACGGGUAGGACGAGGCUCCCUUGGAGUUUCUGCUACUAAGAGUUAAGACACUGAUCUGCUGGUUGCACAUAUCAUUGGUUAAUUGUACAUCAUUUUUAAGCUGACAAUGAUGCAAAAGUUACAUGUACUUGUCAGUUGUCUUCAGUGAGUAAUAAUGGGGAUAGUGACUUUGAUCUAUUUGCAUUACUUUCAUUAUUGGGUUAAAAAAAACAGUAAAAUAAAAGGCAAAUGUAAAAUUUGAAAUCUCAACUGAUUUUGUUAGCUCAGUAAAGUUCUGUGAAUAAUGCCACUA